UAGCAGCUGACUGGCGUGGCCGCCGUCAACAACAGUUAUCACACAAGUGCGCCAGUCAGCGCUACUGUAUCCAAUCAGCAUUUUAGGGCAGCAGGAUUUAGUUGUUUUGAUUUUCAGGUGCUCUCUGGUCCUCGUUUUACCGUGCCUGGUGUUAUGGAAAGCUGACAUUUGGGGGCUUGUAAGACUGCAGGCUAACAGUUCAACACAUCGAGUUGUUUACGCGUAGCUAGCUAGCCAGUUAGCAAAUCUGACAUCCGACUCGUUUAAGGAUGAAAUGAAUAGCUUUGUUGUUUGCUAUGGAUUAAUACGUUCGUUUGACAGGUCCCACAGUUUUCCACAUCAGAUGUGGUCGGUUCAUGCAAGUUAGAAACGCAAACUGACGCAAGAUGGAGAAACCUCCUUUCAGACAGAAUCAGCUCUGUGGGUCAUGGCUUAUGAAGGAGAGGCUGGGGACAGGAGGAUUUGGACAUGUCUACCUUUAUCAGAAUGAGGAAACCUCAGAAAAAAUUGCUGUGAAGCUCUGUCGCCUUGAACUUAAUGCAAAAAACAAAGUCAGGUGGAGUCGAGAGAUCCAGAUUAUGAAAAAGAUGAAGCACCUUAAUGUGGUGACCGCAAAGGAUGUACCCGAGGAGAUGAUGCACAUUGCCUUGAAUGAUUUACCGCUUUUAGCUAUGGAAUACUGUUCCAAGGGAGACCUUCGAAAGUUACUCUGCAAACCAGAAAAUUGUUGUGGGUUAAAAGAGAGUGAGGUGUUGGCUCUACUCAAUGAUGUUGGUUCUGGAAUCCAGUACCUCCAUGAGAAUAAGAUCAUUCACCGAGAUCUCAAGCCAGAGAAUAUUGUGCUACAAGAUAUCAAUGGAAAGCUCGUCCACAAGAUAAUCGACCUUGGCUAUGCCAAAGACCUAGACCAGGGGAGCCUAUGUACUUCAUUUGUGGGGACUUUACAAUAUCUGGCUCCAGAGCUGUUUGAAGGCAAGUCGUACACAGUCACUGUGGACUAUUGGAGCUUUGGCACCAUGAUCUUUGAGUGCUGCUGUGGAUUUCGGCCAUUUCUUCACAAUCUCCAGCCUGUGCAGUGGACAAGCAAAGUGCGAAACAAAGGUGCUAAGGACAUAAUGGCUGUAGAAGACAUGAAUGGCGAGGUCCGCUUUUCCACCCACCUUCCAUACCCGAACAAUCUGAGCAGGACACUACUGGAGCCCUUGGAGGGGCUGCUACAGCUGAUGCUCAAGUGGGAUCCAGUACAGAGGGGAGGAGGAUUGAAUCCAGACGCAAAACAGCCCCAAUGCUUUGCUCUUUUAGAUCAAAUACUGAACAUGAAGGUUGUGCACAUCUUAAACAUGACUACGACCCAGGUUCACUCAUUUCUGCUUAGCCCAGAUGAAGGGCUUCACUCUCUGCAACAGAGGAUUGAGACCGAGACCAAAAUCGAACUUUUGAAUCAAGAGCUUCUGCAGGAAACAGGAGUCAUGUUAGAUCCCAGGAAACCUGCUGCACAGUGUGUGUUAGAUGGAGUAAGGGGAUGGGACAGCUACAUUGUAUAUCUGUUUGACAAGAGUUUGACCAAGUACUCAGGACCUCUAACAGCUAGAACACUUCCUGAGAGUGUGAACUUUAUCGUGCGGGAAACCAAAACUCAGCUCCCUCUGAGUACCCUCAAAAAGGUUUGGGGUGAGGCGGUGAGCUACAUUUGUGGCCUCAGAGAAGACUACAGCCGCCUCUUCCAGGGCCAACGUGCAGCCAUGUUGAGCCUUCUCCGCUACAACACCAACCUUACAAGAUAUAAGAACAUGAUGUUCUCCUUUUCACAGCAGCUCAAAGCAAAGCUUUACUUUUUUAAGAGCAGCAUACAGUACGACUUGGAGAAGUACAGUGAUCAGAUGCAGUACGGCAUAUCCUCUGAAAAGAUGCUGAAGGCUUGGCAGGAAAAUGAAGAGAAGGCUGCUGCGUUUGUACAGGUGGCAGAGAUCGGCCAUCUGGAUGAGGAAAUAAUGGCUUUGCACUCAGAAAUUGUUGAGCUUCAGAGAAGUCCUUAUGCUCGUCGACAAGGAGACGUCAUGGAGCAACUGCAAGAAAGAGCAAUUGAACUCUACAGACAAUUGAAGGCAAAAUGCAAAAUGCCAGACCCCCAGCACGGCUACAGUGACAGUUCUGAGAUGGUGAAGGUUAUUGUACAGACUGUCCAGAAUCAGGACCGGGUACUGAGGGAUCUAUAUGCACACCUCAGUAAAAUCCUUCUGAGUAAGCAGAAGAUCAUCGACCUCUUCCCUAAAAUUGAGAGGACACUGGAGAGCAUUAAGGAGGGAGACAGCACUGUCAUGCAGAUGCAGAUCAAGAGACAGAGAGAGUUCUGGCACUUACUGAAGAUUGCCUGUGCACAGAACACCACACGAAGCUCUGUGAGUCAGAGUGGAGAGAUGCCCUCCUCGCUGUCAACAUGGAACCAGACUCAAGCCCAGUGCUCCUCUCGCCUCCCCAUGUCCCUGCAAGUGCCGGACGAGGGAGAUUCAGUCAAUCAUUUACUCGAGGAGAACCAACGCUAUUUGAGUCAGCUUACCAGUUUACUGCAAGAAACCACUGAAGAGAAAUCAGAGAGCAUCAUGGCUCAAGACUGGAGCUGGACUAAAUAUGAAUCCCUGGUUGCUAAAUCACAGCGUUUGUAGAGUUUUGGUGAACUCUGUAACAAAGUAACAAGUCAUUAUUUUAAAUACAUUUAUUCAUCAUCACUGGGUGAGGGUUGUGUUGACUUGUAAGAUUUGUUAAUUAUAAAGUAACUUCUUUGUCAGUAUCUGAAUUCAUUUAAAAUCACAUUUUGUAGUCGCAUAGCAACUCUAUAUAUUUUGAGCAUGCAUUUUUAAUUGACACAGAACCAAGAACAUGCAAACAAAAUUCAGGCUAUGUAACUCCAGAAAUUUAUUUAUUUACAUACUUCAUAGUUCACUGUAUGGGCUGAUUGUACUUUUAUUUUAGGUGGUCGAGUUUUUUUUUUUUAUUAUUAUUAUUAAAUAUGGUAAUUCAGCAUCUGCACUUUAAAGGCUCACUGUGAAUGUUCAGAAAGUUGUGAUGUCUGGCAAUGAAAUUGGUCAUGUUCAACUAAUGCACUUAAACUUCCCUUUUUGAAAUAUUAAGAAUUCUGUGAGGCCCCCAGUACAGGUUUACAACAGACAGAUUGAAAGGUAGAACAGGGUUGAGGAUGAUAAAAGCGUAACUCUUUAGUCAUAGGUCACAUGAAAAUGCGUUUGGUCAAACAUAUACCAACCUUUUUUUUUAUUUUGGAUUUGGCAGUGAUGGUGAUGGCAACAGACAUCUUCAUAUCAGGUAAUAGCAGCUAAGAAUGAAUGUGAUCAUUCAUCAGUGGGCAAAUUAUAAUCAAUUAAUUUCAUCAGUUCAGUCAUGUUAUUCCCUUUUUAAGUCACAUUUUCAACCAUGGGUUUGUCCAGAGAUGAUCAGCAUCACACAAGAGUGCUUCACAAACUUGUAUAAGAUUUUGCAUAUUAUUAUAUUUUGUUUGUUUUGUUGGAUUUUUAUCUGAGGAUAUUUCAGACAUGGGUUAAAAGCAUCUUAUGAAAGAACACUUAGGUUUUAACGUGUUUACUCUAUACAUGACAAAUAAAGUAAUUAAA